AAGAACUUCAGGUUUCUUUCAUACUCAACUAUCCAUAUUCUUUUUCUUAGGUUUGUUGUUGUUGGCAAUUGCUUGGAUUAACUAUGAGGAAAUAUCCAUAUGUUCCUGUGGUCAUUAAGACAGGUUCUUCCACCCUGAAAAAUUUCCAUACUGUUCUUCCACCAAGAGCAACUCUUGGUGUAGCUGGAAGAGGUUUGAAAGGUGCUCCAGUAUUAUCUCAAGGAUUACAGACUGAGCAAGAGCGACAGCUGUGGAAUGAGAUAGAUGACGCUUGUUCGGCCUGGCUGUCCCUUGAUUCUCAGCCUCAGGCAUCCAAUGCAUUGGAGGAGCUUUGCAUCACAAUUAUGGGAACUCUACCAAAGCCCCAGGAAACAGAUGAAAAAGAUAAUACCAAAAGGUUCUUAUUUCAUUAUUCAAAGACACAGAAGCUGGGCAAUUCAAAUGUUGUGGAAGAAUUCCAAGGUCCUAUUGCAAGCCAAGUUCGAAGACAGUUUUUGUUCAGGGAUACCAACUAUUUUUCGCAGAAGCAGUACCAGAGAAUGCAAAAUGUUGACAUUUUGUUUUCUUCUCAGAAAAACUGCUUGCUAAACUUACCAUGUGUGAGAAUCCCUGUGUUGUAA